AUGACAGUUGACAUAUGUGAUACCUUCAAAAAGAGAAAUCCUCGUUUCAGAUACGAUUCUGCUUCUAAUCCAAAACGUGUAUUAACAAAACCAUCAGCCCCAUCAAAAAAUGAUGGAUUCGAUAACGAAAAUUCAGACUAUAUACUUUAUGUUCAUGGAUUUCUAGGAAAGGAUGGAGAAAAAAAAUACCAAAUAUUAGAUGUACUGGGGUCGGGAACAUUUGGACAGGUUGCAAAAUGCAAAAAUGUUGAUACGGGUGAAUUGGUCGGUGUAAAAGUGAUCAAAAAUAAACCAGCAUAUACAAAACAAAGCCUUAUCGAAGUAGAAAUCUUGACCCAUCUAAAUACAGUGAGCGAUCCGGAUGACCAGCAUAAUAUUUUAAGAUUGAAGGAAUCUUUUUUCAACAAAAACCAUCUGUGUCUUGUGUUUGAAUUAUUAUCGGUCAAUCUAUAUGAGCUAAUCAAACAGAAUCAUUUCAAGGGACUAUCAACCAAUCUUGUGCGUGUGUUUUCAAUCCAGUUACUUGAUACACUAAGUGUAAUCAAAGCAAGUCAAAUCAUUCAUUGCGACUUGAAGCCUGAAAAUAUUUUAUUGAAAAAUUUGGACUCCCCCGCUAUCAAGGUCAUUGAUUUUGGUUCUGCCUGCCAUGAGUCGCAACAAACAUACACUUACAUCCAAAGCAGGUUUUAUCGUUCACCAGAAGUGCUGUUAGGUCUUCGCUAUACAACAGCCAUAGACAUGUGGUCAUUUGGAUGCAUCGUGGCAGAACUCUAUUUGGGACUACCCAUUUUUCCAGGCAGUUCGGAAUACAACCAAGUUACAAGAAUUACUGAGGCAGUAGGUAAUAUACCGGAUUAUAUGAUCAUCAGUGGAAAAUAUGGACACCGUUAUUUUAAUCGCAAGCGUGUGGAUAAUGAAGAAGGCGAGUUCCAUUACUUUUUAAAAGACAUUAAGCAAUAUUCAGAAGAACGAAAGAAAGCAGAGAAACCAAGUAAAAGAUAUUUUUCAACAUUUAAUUUGGAUGAGCUUGUAUUAAAGUAUCCAAUGCCUCGCAGCAAAGAAAUGACGAGUAUCGAAGAAGAAAAGGAAAUGAAAAUCAGACAUCAUUUACUAGAUUUUUUGAAAAAAGUGUUGCAAAUCGACCCUUUGAAGCGAUUGACUCCACAAGAAGCAUCAAGACAUCCUUUUAUAUCUGGAGUAGAAAAAGAGAACAUUGAACAAGAGGAUGAGAUGAUUACGCUCGGAAAAGAAAUAAAGAAGAAACUGUCGAGUGAGGAUGUCGAGGAAGAUGUACCUUCCAUGUUGACAGGUGAAUCCAGAAGUAGCACAAGUGUCUCCCCUUACUCAAGGAAAAGAUAUGGAUCCAUUCUUAGUCCGUUGCUAUCUCCCCCAAUUGAGAAGAGUCAGGAAAAAGAGCAAUUUAGCCAGCUAUCUACAAGUGAACCAAGAUUACGGCAAAGACAUAGGUAA